AUGCUGGAGGACCCUGAUGAGCUAGCAGUGCUGGAAGAGAUCCAACAAGAGCUGAUCUUGCAAGAGCAGUUGGUGAUCGAAGAGUAUGAGCGGAGCCUGAGGUUUGAUGAGGAAUGUCUCAACGCGAUGCUCGAGGGCUUGGACGCCAGUGACAGGGUCAUCUGCCCAGUGUGCAGGAGGAAUAACCUAACAGUGCAGACUCAUCUGGUUUGCUGCCAGUGUGGAUUGUACAUCAGCACACAGGAUAUGACAGAAGGGAAGCUUCGAGCACUCCUAGAAAGCACAGUAACAGAGCACAGCCACAGGUGCUUCCACAGCCCAGAGUUCACAGUUACCUGUGGCAUGGAGGAGGAAGCCAGUCUGCUCAUGAGCUGUCCGGUCUGUGACUCCUGGACGAUUCUUCUCUAA